GGGGCUCUGCUAUCCCGGGUCUGGAUUCUUCAUUCGGGAGCGCUGCUAGACAAGGAUGAAUACGAAUGCAGCCAUAUUCGGCUCCGCAGAGAAGCACACCGGCUAGCGCAGGCUUACACGCAAGGAUUCGCCUACUUAGAAAAAGCACCCACACCCGGUUUUUUGGUGGGCGUGUAUAUAUAGGUUAAAGGUGCGUGUAGUGCUUCGUUAGUGAGUUUAUAAUUGAAGAUUUACAGUUGAGCGGAAUGAGCGUCCGGUCAUCCUGAGAUUCGACGGGAGAAAAAAACCCGACACAUCCCUCAAAGUGGAAAGUACAGAUUUGUCCGGAUUAAGGCAAAUGGAGCCGACAAGGCCUUGGGAGUGAGGAGGGGGUGGAAACGCUGGAAAGCCGCGGACAACAACCGGGUUAGGCGCAUUAGGGCUACGUUUAUUUAAGCACUAUGUUGGGCACAUUUUGCUAGCUGGCUAGCUGGAUGGCUGGCUAGCUUUUGAAGUCUGGGACUUCAGUGCUCCACACAUAUCAGCCAGAUAAAUACGAUUUGUAUAUAUUUAUUAAGCUCAUCCUCGGGUUAUUAAUCUCGACAAUAGUUGUUUUAUCCUCUCUGGCUCUGGGAGUGGUAGCCAGGCCGCUGAACUGGUAGAAGAUGUCUGCGAAGGUGCGCCUGAAGAAGUUGGAGCAGUUGCUGCUGGAUGGCCAUCAGAAAAACGACAGGUCACUGAGUGUGGAGACAUUGCUGGAUAUCCUCAUAUGUUUAUACAACGAGUGCAGCAACUCGCCCUUAAAACGAGAAAAGCAUGUGACGGACUUUUUGGAAUGGGUGAAGCCAUUCACAACCACCGUGAAGGAGAUGCGGCUUCACAGAGAUGACUUCGAGAUGCUGAAAGUGAUUGGCAGGGGCGCCUUCGGAGAGGUUGCAGUGGUGAAGAUGAAACACACCGAGCGUGUUUACGCCAUGAAGAUCCUCAACAAGUGGGAGAUGCUGAAGAGGGCAGAGACGGCUUGUUUCCGAGAAGAGAGGAACGUCCUGGUGAACGGAGACUGCCAGUGGAUCACCACUCUGCAUUACGCUUUCCAGGAUGACAACUACCUGUACUUGGUGAUGGAUUACUAUGUGGGAGGCGACCUGCUGACCUUACUUAGUAAAUUUGAGGACCGACUCCCGGAGGACAUGGCCAAGUUCUACGUGGCAGAGAUGGUGCUUGCUAUCCACUCCAUCCAUCAGCAACGCUACGUACACAGGGACAUAAAACCAGACAACGUGCUACUGGACAUGAACGGUCACAUCCGUCUGGCUGACUUCGGCUCCUGCCUGAAGAUGAUGCAAGAUGGCACGGUCCAGUCAUCAGUGGCAGUGGGCACCCCGGACUACAUCUCCCCUGAGAUCCUGCAGGCCAUGGAGGACGGCAUGGGGAAGUACGGGCCGGAGUGUGACUGGUGGUCUCUUGGCGUCUGCAUGUAUGAGAUGCUCUACGGUGAGACGCCCUUCUACGCUGAAUCCUUGGUGGAGACCUAUGGGAAGAUCAUGAACCACGAGGAGCGGUUCCAGUUCCCCUCUCACAUCACGGAUGUUUCCGAGGAUGCGAAAGAUCUGAUCCAGCGGCUGAUCUGCAGUAGAGAGCGUCGGUUGGGUCAGCACGGCAUCGAGGAGUUCAAGGAGCACCCCUUCUUCUCCGGCAUCGACUGGGGGAACAUUCGCAACACAGAGGCACCGUACAUCCCUGACGUCAGCUCACCCUCAGACACCUCCAACUUUGAUGUAGACGAUGAUGUGCUAAAAAACCCGGACAUCGCUCCCCCAGUAUCUCACACGGGCUUCACCGGGCAGCACUUGCCCUUCGUGGGCUUCACCUACACCACGGAGAGCCGUUUCUCAGACCGUGUCAGCAUGAGGGGGGUGGCGCUGGCAGAUGGAGGUGCUGGGGAGGAUCUCCAGGAUGGGGGUCUGCCGGUGGAAGCCUUUGAGAAGAGGAUUCGCUGUCUGGAGCAGGAGAAACAGGAGCUCAACCGCAAGCUGCAGGAAUCCACUCAGGCUGUUCAGUCCCUCCAUGGCUCUGGGCGUGGGGCCGGCACACUUGGUCGUGAUCGAGAGAUUAAAAAACUCAAUGAGGAAAUCGAUCGGCUAAAAAAGAAACUGGCAGACUCUGAUAGGCUGGAGCACCAGCUCGAGGAGGCAGUGACUCUUCGACAGGACUUUGAAAGUUCCUCCUCCAAACUAAAGGCACUGGACAAGCAAGUUAAAGCUCUAAAGCUGGAGAAAGAGGAUAUCCAUAAGCAAUUGGUGGAGUCUCUGGAUCGCCUGAAGUCUCAGACCAAGGAGCUGAAGGACGCCCACCAGCAGAGGAAGCUGGCCAUGCAGGAGUUUUCGGAGCUGAACGAGCGCAUGGCCGAGCUGCGCUCACAGAAACAGCGUCUGUCGAGACAGCUGCGGGACAAGGAGGAGGAGAUGGAGGUGGUGAUGCAAAAGAUCGACGCCAUGCGCCAGGACAUCCGCAAAACAGAGAAGGCCCGCAAAGAGCUGGAGUCUCAGCUGGAGGAUGCGUGUGCCGAAGCCUCUAAGGAGCGCAAGCUGAGAGAGCACAGUGAAGUCUACUCUAAACAGCUGGAGAGUGAGCUGGAGACGCUCAAGGUCAAGCAGGGAACUGGUCGUGCCUCAGGUCCCAGUUCAGAGACCCAGCAGGAGCUCACCAAGCUGAAGUCAGAGCUGGAUAAGAAGGUGCUGUUCUAUGAGGAGGAGCUGGUGAGACGUGAUGCCAGCCACACUACAGAGCUGAAGAACAUGAGGAAGGAGCUCCAUGACUCUGAGGGUCAACAGCUGUCACUGCACAAAGAGCUGCUGGUGCUCAAAGACAAACUGGAAAAGGCCAAGAGAGAGCGGCAAACUGAGAUGGAUGAGGCCAUGAGUGCUCUGAAGGAGAAGUAUGAACGUGAACGUGAGGAAAACCGUAAACUCACUUUAGAAACAGACAGGCUUUGCAACUUUGUGGACAAGCUGACGGCUCAGAACAGGCAGCUGGAGGACGAGCUCCAGGAUCUGGCAUCGAAGAAAGAGAGCGUAGCGCAUUGGGAAGCACAGAUCGCUGAGAUCAUCCAAUGGGUGAGCGAUGAGAAAGAUGCACGUGGCUACCUUCAAGCUCUGGCCUCCAAGAUGACGGAAGAGUUGGAGACUCUGCGUAGCUCUAGUCUGGGAUCCAGAACGCUGGAUCCUUUGUGGAAGGUGCGCCGCAGUCAAAAAUUGGACAUGUCUGCCCGUCUGGAGCUGCAGUCAGCCUUGGAAGCUGAAAUCCGUGCCAAGCAACUGGUUCAGGACGAGCUGCGCAAGGUUAAAGCUGCCAACAUCUCUUUCGAGGGCAAACUGAAGGAUACAGAAGCCAAGAACAAAGAGUUGGAGGAACAGCUCGAGAAUAUGAAGAAGGAGAUGGAGGAGAGCCGCUCACGAUCAGACAAAGGCCUGAAACUGCCAGACUUCCAGGACUCCAUCUUUGAGUACUUCAACACCUCUCCCCUCACCCAUGACCUGACGUUCAGAACGAGCUCCGUCGGUGAUAUGGACACCACACCUCAGAAGACGGACAUCCCCACUUCCUCCCAAUCAGUGACUUCAGAACAGGAUGAGCCAGUCAAGUCUCAGGCGACCACCCCUGCUGCCCCUUCUCCAAUCUAUCAGCCCACACUCAGCGCACCAAAGCCUAAAGCUCAUCAGCUAAGCAUUAAGACUUUCUCCAGCCCGACCCAGUGCACUCACUGUACCUCCCUGAUGGUGGGCCAGACCCGACAGGGUUAUGCCUGCGAGGUAUGCUCUUUCAUCUGCCACGUGUCCUGUAAAGACAACGCGCCCCAGAUUUGCCCCAUUCCUCCAGAGCAGGCCAAGAGGCCUCUGGGUAUUGAUGUGCAGAGGGGCAUUGGCACAGCGUACAAAGGUUUCGUCAGGAUCCCGAAGCCCACAGGAGUGAAGAAGGGCUGGCAGAGGGCAUAUGCUGUUGUGUGUGACUGUAAGCUCUUCCUCUAUGAGGUGCCAGAAGGGAAGUCCACUCAGCCUUGUAUGAUGGCCAGUCAGGUCCUCGACUUGAGAGACGAAGAGUUCUCUGUAAGCUCUGUGUUGGCAUCUGACGUGAUCCAUGCCAGUCGUAAAGACAUUCCCUGCAUAUUUAGGGUAACGUCAUCCACUUCGAACUCUCCAAUCCGGCCCUUGCCUCUGCUGGUGUUAGCUGAGAGUGAGACGGAGAAGAGGAAGUGGGUGGGCAUCCUAGAGGGCCUGCAGAACAUCCUGGUCAAGAACCGCCUGAAGAACCGUGUGGUGCAUGUCCUGCACGAGGCCUACAACAGCAGCCUGCCUGCCAUCAAAACUACACUCUCUGCUGCCAUCCUAGAUCGAGAACGAAUUGCGCUGGGGACAGAAGAUGGCCUGUUUGUAGUCGAGAUUACUAGAGAUGUCAUUGUUCGUGCCGCUGACUGUAAAAAAAUCUGCCAGAUUGAGCUCAUGCCCAAAGAGAAGAUGGUGGCCCUGCUUUCUGGCCGCAGCCGCCAUGUCCAUUUAUACUCCUGGGCGGCACUGGAGGGUGCGGAUGUAAAUUGCGAGGCCAAGUUGGCUGAUACAAAAGGCUGCCAGGCUAUGACCAUAGGUACCCUACGCCCUGGUGGCCCAGCGUGUCUCCUAGCAGGAGUGAAGCGGCAGGUCAUCUGCUACGAAAUCACACGUGUAAAGCCCCAUCACCGUAAACUGUGGGAGGUGCAGGCACCUGGUAUUGCCCAGUGGCUGGGUAUUAUUCGUGAUCGGCUGUGCGUGGGUUACCCGUCAGGCUUCGCUCUGCUGGCCAUGCAGGGCGAGUCGUCACCGGUGAGUCUGGUGAGCCCGGCAGACCCCUCACUAGCCUUUUUGGCCCAGCAGCCUCUGGACGCGCUGCACGCUAUGGAUGUGGGGCCCAAUGAACUGCUCCUGUGCUUCAGUCAGCUGGGAGUGUACGUGGACGCAAUGGGACGCCGCUCUCGAACCCAGGAGCUGAUGUGGCCCGCAACACCGCUUGCCUGCAGCUCAAACUCGAACUACCUGACAGUGUACAGUGAUUAUGGAGUAGACGUGUUUGAUGUCCACACCACAGAAUGGGUCCAGACCAUCUCAUUAAGAGGAAUUCGGCCCCUGAAUGUGGAGGGCAGUCUGAACCUGUUUGGCUCUGAGCAGCCCCACCUCAUCUACUUCAGAAACAACUCCUCAGAUGGCUGUGAUCUGGCCAUCCCUGAGACCUCAGACAACAGCAAGAAGCUGAUGGUGAGGACACGCAGCAAGAGGAAGUUCCUUUUUAAAGUACCGGAGGAGGAGCGGCUGCAGCAGAGAAGGGAGAUGCUGAGGGAUCCUGAAAUGAGAUCCAAGCUGAUCUCCAACCCCACCAACUUCAACCACGUGGCUCACAUGGGGCCAGGCGACGGCAUGCAGGUCCUCAUGGAUCUGCCUCUGCAGAGCGAGACUCCCUCCCCCUCAUCCUCUCGCCACCAUGCCCUGAUCUCCCCUCCGACCAACUUUGAGCACGUCUAUCACAUGAGUCCCGUCUCUGCCGGGCUCUAUCUGCAGAAAGAGCCUUCCUCCCAGCAGAGCCUACUUCAGUUCUCCUCUUCCUCCUCCUCUCCUUCCACAUGCUCCCUGGGAAGGAGUGUGAUGCCCUCUUCUCAGGAUGAUCUAUCUAAAGACAAACCACGGCCUCUGUCCAGCAUCUCACGGCAGCAGAGGAGUAAGAGCCACAUCACCCGCACUGCCUCAGGAGGAGGAGAUUUUGGAGGAGCAGGGUCAUCUCGCAGUAUUUCUGAUCAAGAUCAAGACUUUGAGAGAGAGCCCGACUCUGACUCGACCAAACAUUCCACCCCCUCCAACAGCUCCAACCCCAGCAGCCCCCCGAGCCCCAACUCCCCCCACCGCAGUCAGCUCACCCUGGACAGCCUGGAUCAAUCCCUGGAUGGCUGAAAAUGACCGACUCCCCUUUUUUGUUUUUGCCCUGCACACACCGUAGACACACCCUCCCGUAUCCAUCUGCUCUGCUAGGACUCACUAAGAAGUGCCAAGACGCUUCCAAAAAGUCACCUGCUCAACCACCACAAGGGCCAAAGGUUUACCCCAAAUCCUGCUGCUGGGUAGAGGCCUCGAUCGCCACAAGAGCAGCGUGCUGGGUGUGUGCCGAGACAGGCGUAGGCGAAGCCACCGAAAGAAAAAAAGAUGAAACACUGCCCCCUGGUGGAGAUGUCCUGGUAUUACAGAUUAGCAGCAUGAUGGACUUUUAUUUUAUUUUAAAUCUUAAUUCCAUGCCAUGCUCCUGCAAGUUUUAUUUUUUAUUUGUAUUAAUAUUAUUAUUAUUUGCUUUAGUAAAUGAACAUGCAUUACAUCUGCUGUCAGAAUUGCUUCUGGAUUCUUAGCUUCCCUUCACAGUAUUGAAUAGAGGGGAAAAAAGAGACUUCCUAUGCUGUUUUUAAAUGUAUUAUUAUCAGGAACACUCAUCAAGAGAGGAGCGUAUCGGGAAGAGAUAAACCGUGGAUAAAAUAGGACUGUGACGUUCUUAUAUAACCCGACUGGACCAGUAACAUGAUUCGUCACAGACCGGUGAAAAUGUCUCAUAUGAUCAGUAGAUCGCUGACUGAGACUUUGGGGGUUUAAAGCCAAACCAGAGGGCACUUCUAUUACUAUAUCAUUUCUCUUUCUCUCUCCAGUUCUGCAUUUAAACCAGCCUUUAAAAUAUUCAUGUUUUAACUUCGACGUUUCCCUCAAAGAUAUCUAGUUCAGCUUAUCACCCGGAGAGAAAAAAAUAGAAAGCAACAAAAAGGAAGACUUUACAUAGAGAGAAGUGUUUUAAUAAAAAUACAAAGGAGAACAACAUACAGCUACAACUAUUCAUAGGAUUUCAGUAGUUCCUCUUAAGCUGCUGCUGCUGCUUUGUGUGCUCUAUUUAAUAAUAAAAGUUACAAAAUAUAUAUGUGAUAAGGUUAUCUCUCCAUAGCCAUGCUCUGAUUCUGGUUUCUGAUGUGUGACACAUGCAAGCAGCCGUGUGGAUCCGUCACUGUUGAAGACUCCUAUCAGGACGCAGAUAUGAGUUUGUUUGUUGACAUGGCAUAUCCAUUAUCACUCAAGUGUGCCUUCAGUGCCAACUAGUAAUGAACUGUCCGCUAAAGCAUUUCAGUGGUUUUGACGAGGCUGUCGGUCAUGUAUUAUGUUGUCCCCCGCCCUCCUGAAACACUGUAAGACACUUGCACAGGUUUUAGUCUAAGGAAAUGAUUUUGCGUGAAUGGUUUUUCCUGUACCUCCGGUUUCUCCCUCAUACUUCACACGUCCGCUUCUUCAGACGGACGUUUCUCCACAGAACACUACUGCUUUUACUUUAAAAGAAAGAAAAACAUAAUGAAUCACCGGUUGAAAUCUUUGUAAUUAUUGACUUGUUAGCCACAUAAAUUUGAAAAAAUAAAUAAAUAAAAGAGUA